UCGAUCACAGAGUAAACCCAAUGAUAUCAUGUCUGAAGUUUAUCGUGCCAUGGUUAUGCUUGGCUAUGAAUGGAAGUUAAUCAAUCCUUUUCACCUUCGAGUUUUGGGCAAAAAUAAAGUCUCUGGUAAAAUUACAAAAAUAAGYUUGCAGCUUUAUCAGGUUGAUCAUAAAAGUUACUUGUUGGAUUUCAAAAGCCUUGCAUCGCCRUCUACUGCUCAGGAACUGUCUAUUACUGGUGAAUCAUCACGYCGGUCUUCAGCUAAUUCCUCUUGUAGCAGUUUGAAAGACUAUGCAGGYCAUUCAAAUGAACAGGUUUUUUCRUSUWCAGUGGGUCAUCAUACUCUGGACUUUCUGGARAUGUGUUCGAAUCURAUCAUAGCUUUGGCUUGCUGARGAGGUUGUCUUUG